AUUACAGUGUAGGAUUUUGGAGGUCCUUCCUCCAUCACAUCAUCAAAAUGGUUUUGCUAAUGGACAUGUCAGCAAUGUAGAUGGAGAAACUAUUAUCAUUAGUGAUAGUGAUGAUUCAGAAACACAAAACAGUUCUUUUCAAAACGGGAAGAAAAAAAAUACAAUUGAUCCUUUAUUAUUCAAGUACAAGGUGCAACCCACUAGAAAAGAAUUGUAUGAGUGUACUAUUGUUAAAGCAACACAAAUCAGCCGGAGAAAACAUCUAUUUUCUCGUGAUAAACUAAAGCUUUUUCUGAAGCAACACUGUGAACCACAAGAUGGAAUCAUUAAAAUUAAGGCUUCAUCUCUUUCAACAUAUAAAAUAGCAGAACAAGACUUUUCUUAUUUCUUUCCUGAUGAUCCACCCACAUUUAUCUUCAGUCCAACUAACAGAAGAAGAGGGAGACCCCCUAAACGAGUAUCUAUUAGUCAGGAUGACAGUGUUGCUAUUAAACAGACUAUUGCUGGUUAUAGGAAUAAAGCUACUAAAGAAAGAGACAAACUUUUGAAACAAGAAGAAAUGAAGUCACUGGCUUUUGAAAAGGCUAAAUUAAAACGAGAAAAAGCAGAUGCCCUAGAAGCAAAGAAAAAAGAAAAGGAAGAUAAAGAGAAAAAGAAGGAAGAAUUGAAGAAAAUUGUUGAAGAAGAAAGACUGAAAAAGAAAGAAGAAAAAGAGAGGCUAAAAAUAGAAAGAGAAAAGGAAAGAGAGAAAUUACGUGAGGAAAAGCGAAAAUAUACAGAAUACUUAAAGCAGUGGAGU